AGGUGCCAUCAUUUUUAUUGAAAAAAGUUCGGGUUGAUGGGUCAUAGCAUAUGUCAAAAACUCAGAUGAAAUGCCUUAAAUCGUGUUUUAAGAGGUCUGCAUGGAAGUAACACAAAAGUUGCCGGACUUCGUCUCUUGUUCCUAUGACUCCCAAGAAACCUCAGAAGUGGCUGCAAGUGGUCGGACAUGCAGGGAGCUUUCAUGUAGGGGAUUAUGGUACACUGCUGAAGAGAUUUUGUAGGACGGAGCAACAAUGCUACCUCAGGCUGAUGACGGACACUUUGAGGCCCUUUGUUCCAGCCUACCACGGUGUGGUGCAGCGGGACAAACAGGAUUACAACAUGAUGGACAACUUGCUGACCCAUUUCCACACACCUGCCAUCAUGGACUGCAAAAUGGGCAGCCGCACAUAUCUUGAGGAGGAGCUGCACAUAGCCCGAGAACGUCCCCAGCCUCGUAAUGACAUGUAUGAGAAGAUGGUGGCUAUGGACCCAGAAGCCCCAACAGUCCAUGAACGAGCCCAGCAGGCAGUGCUGAAGACUAGGUACAUGCAGUGGAGGGAGACGCUGAGCUCCACGACAACUCUGGGAUUCCGCAUCGAGGGAUUCAGGAAGGCAAAUGAAGAAUGCCACACAAACUUCAAAAGAACCAAAAGCAGAGAGCAAGUGAUGGAAGCACUUGACAAAUUUGUUGAAUCCAGUACGCACAUUGUGUGGGGUUAUCUGAGACAGCUGAAACAGUUGCGGCAGGUCUUGGAGGCAUCUGACUUCUUCAGAACACAUGAGGUUGUCGGCAGUUCCUUACUGUUUGUGCAUGACUGGACAGGCAGAACAGGAGUCUGGAUGAUUGACUUUGGAAAGACAGUGGCCUUGCCGCCACACCUCACAUUGGACCACCGCACUCCCUGGGUAGAGGGCAAUCGAGAAGAUGGCUACCUGAGGGGUCUGGACAACCUCAUUGAUAUCCUAGCCAACAUGCUGCCACUGACCUGAAUGCCACUCUAAAAAUGUGUGGAAAUCCAAUGUCAAACUUCCUUCAUCACUUAGAAAUGAAUGACUGCAGAUGGCUUGGCUUCUGAAAUGAUUGUGUUGUCAGACUUGAUAGAAUGAGCUCUGUAGGAAAAUAAAGCAAUGAACAAAAGUAUGAGGGGGGUAAAAAAUUAAAGAUGUGGUUGAUUCGUUA